UCUCCCUCCUUUGCGCCUGCGCCGGCGAGUUAGUGGCAGAGGUAUCGCGAGGCAACCGGAAGCCGCUCUUUCUCUUUUUCCGUCGACUCGCGCGGCGUCCAUCAUGGUGUUCAAGCGCUACGUUGAGAUCGGCCGAGUCGCCUACAUUUCCUUUGGACCACAUGCGGGCAAGUUGGUUGCAAUUGUAGAUGUUAUUGAUCAGAAUAGGGCACUUGUAGAUGGUCCCUGCACUGGUGUCAGAAGACAAGCCAUGCCUUUCAAGUGCAUGCAGCUGACUGACUUUGUUAUCAAGUUUCCCCACAGUGCUCGUCAAAAAUAUGUGCGGAUUGCUUGGGAGAAGGAAAACAUUAAUGAAAAGUGGAAAGCUACCAGAUGGGCACAAAAAAUUGAGGCCAGAGAAAAGAAAGCCAAGAUGUCAGAUUUUGAUCGCUACAAGGUUAUGAAGGCAAAGAAAAUGCGAAACAGGAUCAUCAAGCAUGAAAUAAAGAAGCUCCAGAAGGCUUCUGCUCCUGCUCCUGCCAAGAAAGCAUAAACUGUCAGAAAAUAAACUUCAGUUUGGUUACAGCUAGUA